AGAAAAAGUUUUUUUAAAGGAAAAUGCAGGGCUAGUCUGUUGGCCUGACGUCAGAUGUCGCUUUGACAAACGCCCCCGGGGACUGAGGAAGGCUCUCCGCUGCUCUGAUGGGCCAGCCCAGUCCUGGCCCAGCUCCCUGGAGAGGCAUCCGCAUCCUCUGGGCUGAGCCGUAUCUCCUGUGACGCUGACUUCCAGGCAUGAGGUGGCUCCUGCCCUGGACGCUGGCAGCCGUGGCAAUCCUGAGGGUGGGCAACAUCCUGGCCACGGCCCUCUCUCCAACCCCCACAGCAAUGACCUUCACCCCAGCACCACUAGAGGAAACGACUACACGCCCCGAAUUCUGCAAGUGGCCAUGUGAGUGCCCACAAUCCCCACCUCGCUGCCCACUGGGCGUCAGCCUAAUCACAGAUGGCUGUGAAUGCUGUAAGAUAUGUGCCCAGCAGCUUGGGGACAACUGCACAGAGGCUGCCAUCUGUGACCCACACCGGGGCCUCUACUGCGAUUACAGUGGGGAUCGCCCGAGGUACGCAAUAGGAGUGUGUGCACAGUUGGUCGGUGUGGGCUGUGUCCUGGAUGGCGUACGCUACACCAAUGGCGAGUCCUUCCAACCCAACUGCAGGUACAACUGUACCUGCAUUGAUGGCACGGUGGGCUGCACGCCGCUGUGCCUGAGCCCCAGGCCCCCACGCCUCUGGUGCCGCCAGCCCCGGCACGUGAGAGUCCCUGGCCAGUGCUGUGAGCAGUGGGUGUGUGAUGAUGAUGCAAGGAGACCACGCCAGACUGCACUGUUGGACACCAGAGCCUUUGCAGCGUCGGGCGCCGUGGAGCAACGGUAUGAGAACUGCAUAGCCUACACUAGUCCCUGGAGCCCCUGCUCUACCACCUGUGGCCUAGGUAUCUCCACUCGGAUCUCUAACGUCAAUGCCCGGUGCUGGCCAGAGCAGGAAAGUCGCCUCUGCAACCUGCGGCCAUGUGAUGUGGACAUCCAACCACACAUCAAGGCAGGGAAGAAAUGCCUGGCUGUGUACCAGCCAGAGGAGGCCACAAACUUCACUCUCGCAGGCUGUGUCAGCACACGCACCUACCGACCCAAGUACUGUGGAGUCUGUACUGACAAUAGGUGUUGCAUCCCCUACAAGUCCAAGACCAUCAGUGUUGAUUUCCAGUGUCCAGAGGGGCCAGGUUUCUCCCGGCAGGUCCUAUGGAUUAAUGCUUGCUUCUGCAACCUGAGCUGCAGGAAUCCUAACGAUAUCUUUGCUGAUUUGGAAUCUUACCCUGACUUCGCAGAGAUUGCCAAUUAGGUGGGUGUGUGGCUCAGGGUAAAGUUCCAUGCUGCAAAGCAGCCAGCCCUUUGUGGUCCAGGACUUCACAAUUGAGCCUUAUUUCUUCUACUUCCUACUCGAUUCUGAAUUCCCAGUUUCUGUUCCUGUUUUGACAAUCGUAAUGGCCCAGGAGAGUGCUGCUCAGGCUCAGACAAUGGGUUCCUCCUUGGGGACAUUCUACAUCAUUCCAAGGAAAACACAUCUCUGACUGUUCACAAUGGAAGCAAAGCCUCGCCCAGCUAGUCUGGCUCCAGCCUGGGCAAGUUGUCAGAAGUUGUGAUGGGAUUGUCCAAGGAAAAGCAUCAGCUGAAGAACCAGUAUCAUGAACUCCUUCCUCAGAUGCCAAGCCUAGGGAUGUUGGGAUCCUUUCAGACAGAUGGAUGGGAUUGGGGACACAGGAAUAAGCUAUUAUUUUACCCUUGCCAAAUGAUACUAUCCAGGGUAUUUCUGCCUACAACAUACCAAAACUAUUCUCAUUCCACAGAUCUAUAUAUCACAAGUCACCAAACAUUUUCCAGGUGAGAACCAUAGUUGUGUCAUUCUGUUUUGCAAUUGAAAAUCAUUUUAAAAAGAAG